CCAAUGAGUUGGUCUAGUUAUUCUUUGAGAACAUUUCCUUAAUUAUCUUUGAUUUAACCUUUCUAGUUUUUUUUCUUUUAAUUUAAGGACUGUCUUUUAGCUUUAUGGAGUGUCUUUCCUAUCUUUUUGGAUAAACAGUAUGGACCACAAAAAAAUAUUCCAUGGAUGCAUAGGACAAAAGAGGAACUCUGUGAUGUCGUUCUUUGGUUUGGAUUGCAGGAAGAAGAAAGAAAAAGAGGAAGAGAGGCACAUUCGAGCAAAUAAUAGAGAAUUCAAUCUUUCCUUCAAGUAUGCGACAAAUGCCAUUAAAACCUCCAAAUAUAAUGUGAUUACAUUCCUGCCUCUUAACCUCUUCGAGCAAUUCCAGAGAAUAGCCAAUGCCUACUUCCUCUUUCUGCUCAUUUUACAGCUAAUUCCACAAAUAUCCUCCUUGUCCUGGUUUACUACGGUGGUGCCUCUGGUGUUGGUGCUAGCUGUGACUGCAGCAAAAGAUGCCACCGAUGACAUCAAUCGACACAAAAGUGAUAAACAGGUCAACAACCGCCAGGUUAAAGUCCUUAUCAAUGGAGAACUUAUUAGCGAAAAAUGGAUGAACGUUCAAGUUGGAGAUAUAAUCAAACUAGAAAACAACCAGUUUGUUACGGCAGAUCUGCUAUUGCUGUCCAGUAGUGAACCUCUUAAUCUCGUAUAUAUUGAGACUGCCGAACUGGAUGGAGAAACUAACCUAAAGGUGAAGCAGGCCCUGACAGUUACUGGGGAGAUGGGAGAUGACAUCCAAACACUAGCGGCUUUUGAUGGUGAGGUGAAAUGUGAGCCGCCCAAUAAUCGCCUGGAUAAGUUCAUGGGCACGCUGACGUACCAGGGUCAGAAGUAUGCCCUGGACAACGAGAAAAUCUUGUUGAGGGGCUGCACGCUGAGAAACACGGAGUGGUGCUUCGGCCUUGUCAUUUUCGGAGGUCCAGACACCAAGCUAAUGCAGAACUGUGGGAAGACAACGUUUAAACGGACCAGCAUUGAUCGAUUAAUGAAUGUACUAGUGCUCUGGAUUUUUGGAUUUCUGGGUUUCAUGUGCACUGUCCUGGCAAUUGGCAAUGGGAUCUGGGAACAGCAGGAAGGAUCUAAAUUCACAGUCUUCCUACCCUGGCAAGAGGGAGUCAAUGCCCCCUUUUCAGCUUUCCUUACCUUCUGGUCCUACGUCAUCAUCCUCAAUACUGUGGUGCCUAUCUCCCUGUAUGUAAGCGUGGAGAUCAUCCGGCUGGGGAACAGUUUCUACAUUGACUGGGACCGGAAGAUGUACUACCCUCGCAGCGACACGCCCUCGGAAGCACGCACCACCACCCUCAAUGAGGAGCUGGGGCAGAUCAAGUACAUCUUCUCCGACAAGACCGGCACCCUCACGCAGAACAUCAUGGCCUUCAACAAGUGCUCCAUCAAUGGCAAAUCAUACGGGGACGUGUUUGAUUUUGCUGGGCAGGGAAUGGAAAUCACUGAGAAAAUGGAUAGAGUGGAUUUCUCCUACAAUCCUCUGGCAGAUCCCAAGUUUGUCUUUCAUGACCACAGCCUGGUGGAGGCUGUGAAGCUGGAAAACCUGGAAGUGCACACUUUCUUCAGACUGCUCUCGCUCUGCCACACGGUCAUGGCUGAGGAGAAGAAAGAAGGUCACCUACUGUACCAAGCCCAGUCUCCAGAUGAGGGCGCCCUUGUCACAGCAGCAAGGAACUUUGGCUUUGUCUUUCGCUCCAGGACACCUGAGACUGUCACAGUGGUGGAGAUGGGAGUCCAAAAGACCUAUGAGCUGCUGGCCAUUCUAGACUUCAACAAUGUACGCAAGAGAAUGUCUGUGAUUGUGCGCUGUCCUGAAGGCAAGCUGUCUCUGUACUGCAAGGGGGCUGACACCAUCAUCUAUGAGAGGCUUCAUCCUUCCUGCAGCAAGCUAAUGGAUGUCACUACAGAGCACCUGAAUGUAGGUGUCAUGUCGCUGGUUUUCUUCUCUUGGCAAAGGCUAACUGAAGCCAUCUCUUUACUAGGAGCCACAGCCAUUGAGGACAAGCUGCAGGAUGGAGUUCCCCAAACCAUUGAACAACUGUCCAAGGCUGAAAUCAAGAUAUGGGUGCUGACUGGAGAUAAGCAAGAAACAGCAGAGAACAUUGGCUACUCGUGUAAUAUGCUUCGGGAGGAGAUGAAAGAUGUCUUUGUCAUCUCGGCAAACACAGCAGAUGAAGUACGGGAGGAACUGAGGAGCGCACGGAGGAAAAUGAAGCCAGAGUCAGAUACAGAACCUGAAAUUGAAGAAGUGGACAAUCAGAAGAAAAAGCCCAAGAAGGAAACGCAACUGGUGCCUGACGAAACUGUGGAGGGGGAGUACGGUCUUGUCAUCAAUGGACAUAGCCUGGCCUACGCCCUGGAGAAGAACAUGGAGAUGGAGCUGCUGCGCACGGCCUGCAUGUGCAAGACGGUGAUCUGUUGCCGGGUGACUCCACUGCAGAAAGCACAGGUGGUGCAGCUGGUCAAGAAAUUCAAGCAGGCUGUGACUUUGGCCAUUGGAGAUGGGGCCAAUGAUGUCAGCAUGAUCAAAGCGGCUCACAUUGGGGUUGGAAUCAGCGGACAGGAGGGCAUGCAGGCAGUGCUCUCCAGCGAUUUCUCCUUCGCCCAGUUCCGCUAUCUGCAGCGCCUCCUGCUGGUGCAUGGCCGUUGGUCCUACCUUCGCAUGUGCAAGUUCCUAAAAUAUUUCUUCUACAAGAACUUCACUUUCACACUUGUCCACUUCUGGUAUGGCUUCUUCUGCGGAUUCUCUGCACAGACGGUAUACGACGAAUGGUUUAUCACACUCUACAACUUGGUUUACACAUCGCUCCCUGUGCUGGGGAUGAGUCUGUUUGAUCAGNNNGUGAAUGAUCGCUGGAGCUUGCAGUAUCCUCAGCUCUACGAGCCAGGGCAGCUCAACAUGUACUUCAGCAAGGGGGCCUUUGUGAAGUGUGUCCUCCACAGCAUCUACAGCUCCUUGGUGCUCUUCUUCAUCCCCUAUGGUGCGAUGUAUGACACCGUGCGCGAUGACGGCAAGGACAUAGCCGACUACCAGUCGUUCGCGUUGUUGGCGCAGACCUGCCUGCUGAUUGCUGUCAGCAUCCAGAUUGGCCUGGACACAGCUUAUUGGACAGCUGUGAACCAGUUUUUCAUCUGGGGCAGCCUGGCUGUGUACUUUGCCAUCACAUUCACUAUGUACAGCAAUGGGAUGUACCUUAUCUUCACUGCUUCCUUCCCAUUCAUUGGAACGGCAAGGAAUUCCCUGAACCAGCCCAAUGUCUGGCUGACCAUUAUCCUCACCUCCAUCCUGUGUGUGCUGCCUGUUGUAGCUUACAGAUUUGUUCUGGUGCUGCUCCGCCCAACCAUCAAUGAAAAGGUGAGGAAAGUGACAGUGCAUUCUGUUUUAUCUUAUAGCACAUUAACAAAAUUAUGACCAUCCUUAAUUAAG